CCUGGCCCGUGCGACACCGCAAUCCGACAAAGUUCUCUACCUACACGCGAAUCCCUCCCCAUCAUUGAGCUCAGAAGAUCUUUGUUGCGUUUCAUUCAAGGCAAUUUGACCAUGAGGACCUCGGCGAUGUCGACGGCGUCGGUGACGGGGUCCGGCUCUUCGUCGGGCCCCGGCUCAAGUCGCCAAGCCUCGGCCAGCUCUUCGGCCGGAGCCUCGGGCUCGUCUAGCGGGGCGGCCGGGAGAGGCACGCCUCGAGGCGGCCAGCGCAAGCGGCCGCAAGCGCCCAUCUACAACGGCCUCGUGAACUCGUACGAAGACAAGAAUAACGACUUCGUGUGCCCCAUCUGUUUCGACAUGAUAGAAGAGGCGUACAUUACCAAGUGUGGCCACAGCUUCUGUUGCAAAUGCAUCCGUCGGAGUCUGGAGGAGAAUAAUCGUUGCCCCAAGUGCAAUUACGUCAUUGAGAAUCCAAACCAGAUAUUUCCCAACUUCCUCUUGAAUGAGCUGAUCCUGAAGCAGCGUCAGCGGCUUGAGGAGAAGAGAAUGAAGAUGGAACAACCGAGCGGCCAGCACUGGCACACUAUCCAGGAGUUGCUGGCGCUGGACCAAGAUGGCUUGGAGCUCGCCGACGUGAACCGCAUGCUGGAGCUGCUCACACAGAAGAAGAUGCAGCUGGAAGCGGAGUCGACAGUGGCACAACACCAGCUGCUGAUUGAAUUCCUGCAGCAGGCUCACCGCAACAAGCAGGGGCAACUGGAUCAGCUGUCGAAGGAGCUGAGCGUCCUGCACGGCGACAUGCGGCACGUCGAGGAGCUGAUGCAGAAACACCACGAAGCCUUGGUGCCCCAAGUGCCCCAGUUGCUGGAGACCCCAUCGACCAGCAGUUUGGUGGACUCGGAUUACCCCUUCCCUGCAUUUACGGACAGCGCUCAGGCAAAGCGGUUACCGUGCCACGGGAACAACUCGAUGGCAGCAAGGAGGAAGAAACUGUCGGCACAUUUCGACGACCUGGAGCAGUGCUACUUCACCUGCCGCCUGUCGUCGCCCUCGGAUGAGAACAAGUGCGGACAGCUGGAGGAGUUCCAGGACUGCCUGGCAAAGUUCACGCGCUACAGCUCUGUGCGCCCGCUCGCCACGCUUUCCUACGCCAGCGACAUCUACAAUGGCUCCAGCAUCGUGUCCAGUAUCGAGUUUGAUCGGGACUGCGAUUACUUCGCCAUCGCUGGAGUGACCAAGAAGAUCAAGGUGUUUGAGUACGGCACGGUGAUCCGAGAUGCGGUGGACAUUCACUACCCCGUGAUCGAGAUGACCUGCAACUCCAAGAUCAGCUGCAUCAGCUGGAGCAACUACCACAAGGGCAUCCUGGCCAGCAGUGACUACGAGGGAACCGUGAUCCUCUGGGAUGGCUUCACAGGACAGAGGACAAAGGUUUUCCAGGAACACGAGAAGCGAUGUUGGAGCGUAGACUUCAACCUGAUGGACCCCAAGAUCCUAGCGUCUGGGUCUGACGACGCCAAAGUCAAGCUGUGGUCCACGCACUUGGACAAUUCCGUUGCGUGCAUCGAAGCAAAAGCCAACGUCUGCUGCGUCAAGUUCAGCCCCACGUCGCGCUACCACCUAGCGUUCGGUUGUGCAGACCACUGCGUCCACUAUUACGACCUGCGCAACACCAAGCUGCCCGUCAUGGUGUUCAAGGGCCACCGGAAAGCCGUCUCGUACGCCAAGUUCGUGAGCGGCGAGGAGAUCGUCUCUGCCUCGACAGACAGCCAGCUGAAGCUGUGGAGUGUGAAUAAGCCCCACUGCUUGCGCUCCUUCAAAGGCCACAUCAACGAAAAGAACUUUGUGGGGCUGGCCACCAACGGAGACUACAUUGCUUGCGGAAGUGAGAACAACUCGCUGUACGUCUACUACAAGGGCCUCUCCAAGAUGUUGCUCACGUUCAAGUUUGACAUGGUGAAGAGCGUGCUGGAGAAGGAGAAGAAAGAGGACGACGGGAGCGAGUUUGUGAGCGCCGUGUGCUGGCGGGUGCUGCCGGACGGGGACUCCAAUGUACUUGUAGCAGCCAACAGUCAAGGAACCAUCAAGGUGCUGGAGCUAGUGUGAGGGGCCGCCCACUACAACCGCACUUUGCGCGGGACCAGCCUGCGGCACCGCUCUCGUACGACGCACAACCCCUCCGUGGUCGAGCGGUGGGGCACCGCCCGACCGCCCGCUCGCCCACCGGCACAAACCAAGCCCCCCAUCACAUGAAGACGUUUCCAUGAAACAUAGCGGAUCUUGCCCUAGACAUUGGGACAUUGGUUUUCUUUGUGUGUCGCGUCUACACAGCUGACAUCUACAAGGCGUCAAGACGGACAUUUUUAUUGUAAACCAAGGGUAGCGGAAAUGCGGAGGGCAGGGAUGUACCGAGCGCUUUACGCUGCGACGCGGCGAGCCCGUCGGCGGCCGGGAUGGGACGAUCGCCCGGCAAAGACUACGCAGGCGGCACACCGCGCGUGGCUUUCGGGGCGGAGGAUUCGAAUGUUUUGCCGUCGAGCCGCGACUGGAGUUGUGCGCGCGACUGUUGGACACGACGGGGGAGGACUGGGAAUAAUUUUUAGGAGCGGACACACGUGUUUUGCGCGUGCUUGCGAUUGCGCGUGCAAUGCUUCUCACCACGCGCGUGCGUGUAUGCACGCGCGCGCGUGCCUGGGGUGGCCCAAAGCUUGUUGCAAGACAGCAGUCCCGUUUUAAAAUACAGGAAUGCGCAGAGGCUUAUUCAGUGGCUAUGUGAUGGAGGCCUCAUUUCACUUGAAUGAAAAGACGUUCUUGCGCCACGGUUUUUGCGCUCAUCCUCUGCCCCCCCCCCCCCCCCCCCCUGGGUGUCGGCGGUUUUACUAAUUUGAGUUUACAGUAUUUAAAGAAGGUUAUGCUUGUAGAUUCAUUCGGAAACAAAAGAACGCUAAAACAACGAUACAGUUGGCGUAAAUGGUGUGCGGUGAUGAAAUACUACAGGAAUGGAUUUAGCUUCCUUAAAUAGGUUUAGAAAACACACAAAUGUACAGUAUUUUGGCACUUUCUUCACAAAAGUCUCAAAUAUAAUUUUCUAUUCAAAUCUACAAGGGUGGAAGGAAGCAUAUUAAGAAUCUUGGGUUCACUUAAUUUUGUAUCUUAACGAAAGUAAAAAAAAAUGUACAUGUUGGGAUUCAUCAAUCUUGUGAUAUUUGUGAAGUCGCAGCACACGGAGCGUUACGUUUGUUGUCUGCCGUUCGUGCGUCUACAGCUGGUGGGUUGGACAUGUCAGUGUGACACGGACGUUUGGUCUGGGCUAAUAGUUAUAUUUUUGACAAUUCCACCAAAGGGGCACUGAAACAGCCAGCAAAGUCCUUCCCCUGGUUGAUCAUUACUUUUAUUAUUACCAUUUAAGAUCAUAAUUCGUGUUGCACUGAAAUGAAAUGUCCCUUUUCGUUUGCAGUCUUCAUUAAGUGUCUUCCGCUUUUGAUCCUGCUGUGUUCGUGGCGGUGUUCCGAUGGAUGUUUGUGUUCAUCCCCGUUUUGUUGCUCGCUGUAUGCAGACAAUGCAAACGUUAGUUUUUUUUGUUUAAAGAUCAGGAAGGCUCCAGCCCUGACUUAUGCUCUGCUGGGUAGAAAUGAUGAUUUAAUGAAUGGGUUCACAUCGGUUGAGGAUCGAGGUUUUUUUUUUUUCCAAAUCCAGGCCAUUGCGGGACUCGUAAAGUUUCCUGCUUUUUUACGCCAAAUAAUUAACAAUGACUGACGGAGUUGUCAAAUUGACUUGCUGUUUGAGAAGUGCUCGUGCGCAGAGAUAAGCUUGUCUUUGAGAGCCACGGUAAGUGUAACGGCACGUAAUAAACAAGGAGUACAACCUGAUGAAAACAUACUUUCUCAUGGGUCCCGUGAUGAUGUCCAUGGGGUGUGUAAUCCGGAUCGUGUGUUCUCAAGAGAAUGUUAAGAAAUCUUGAAAUCGUUUGUGCAAAUGCUAGAGAGAUGUUUGUCGUUGCACGAGGAGAGCUUGACACUCAACUUGUCCAUCCUCGUCCACCCUUCGUGCUCCUUUGUCCGUACCGAGUGUCCCACUGGUGUCGGCGGCCCAAACACGUGGCGUGUAAUCUACACAAGUAUCGCGAGUCACAUAUCACUUGCUAAUAACGGGUCUGCACGCGGAUGGAAUAAGACUUGUCUUUGUGGAAAGGGUGGACCUUGAGGGAAAUCAAUAGGACUGCAUUUGAAGAUUGCCCUUUGCUGCAACCACACUAAUCUGAUGGCCACACUGUUUGCUAAGCACGCAACGAUUUGUCCUCCGCAAUGCGAUGAAAUAAUCCCAAAAAAAUUACAUCAAGGUCACGAUUUUAUUUUUCGAGAUGGGUUUUUUUUUUACCAUUGUGAGCUGUAGCAGCCUCCAUUGGCUCCAAGGUUCGGGAACCGAUUACAGCGUAUACGAAUAGGGAAACUUAUUUAUUUGACAUGUCACAUGUAUAAGAUUGGAUUUAAAUCCAAAAGCCAUACAUUUUGCUUUGUGCGUUAAUCCAGAAUCACUUGGGUUCACAAUUUGUGCAUAAGAAUCUGUUUAUUAAUUCGUAUAUGUUGUAUGUCAUGGGUUCACUUGUCCCCUACGGCCAUUUAAAGGGGCUCCAUUAUCCCAAAUGUGUAUUGUCGCCAAUAAUAGAUUAUGUUUCUUGCCUUCAGAGCACCAAGGCACCACAUUUGGUAAAACCAUCAACGGGUGUGGCAGUGUUGUUUCUUUUAAUGAACAUUCGCGAUGGACGUAUUCAUCCGUUAUUUAAUUUUUUUCAUUGUAAGACCCAUGACGUUAGUGGGCGAAAAUCACGAAGCUUGAGGACCACUACCACCCACCCAGAGACCAAAGCGUGACCGACCUUGACGGGGCAAAAUUAAUUCACUAAUUGGCCAACGAAUACCACAUUUAAUAAUUACGAGUGGGUUCAAUGUUUUACGGCUUUAGUAUGCCAAGGCUAAGCCAAUAACUUAAGUGAAAUCCACAGACUUAAGAGCCGUUUUCUAUAUCGGCCACGAUGCUCGCCUCGGGGCUUGAGCUGCUCGCUUGCUGUGGAAGACGCCUGAAGUGGCUCAGCCGUUGUUCGGCUCCGAGCCGGCUCAAGUUCAGCACGGCUCUGAGCUGGCUCACUCGAGGUCGGGCCUAAGCCGCGGCCGUGACAAAGAAUACGGGCCUACGACUUGCCUCAAACUUUUAUCAUCGACUAUAUUAAACCCACGACUAAAAUAACGCGUCGACUUAACACUGCUGGCUAGACCAUAUCUGUCGGCCGCUUGGAGUCUUUCGAGCUGACCUGACCCUCUGCGUUGACUUCCCCCUUGGCCACGUGGGUUUCUGGAAGAGCCGAGUGUGUUCUAGAGUUAAAUGGGGGGGGGGGGGGGGACCGCUCGUGUGUAUGUGUGCAGUGCGAUGGUGGGAGUUGGUACCUUGUGCUCAUUUUGUACUUUCUGUCCGUGAACAAUAAAGACAGGGUUUUACACUU